AUGACCUUGACAUUUGACCUGUAUGUCUUUUUGUUCGGCCAAGUUAAUGUCGCCCUCAACAAACCAGCGUACAUACUGGACCAACAUAACCGGGGAAAUAACAGAACUGACGCCAGUAACGCUGUAGACGGACGUAAAUCAGACCUGAGAUGGAAUGGAGGUCAAUGUGCUGUAUCAGAAUUAAAACAAACCGCCACCUGGUGGGUAAACCUGACCACCAUCCACAGCAUCCACAACAUCACCAUUUACUUCAGGACGGAGAAUGAUCUACAGAUCUUCUAUGGUAAAUGGUCAAUUCACUACCUUGGAUUCUCGGUGUACGUCUCCAACACAACAGACAGAACACAGGGAACACUGUGUUACAAGGACGACAACUUUACACUACACACCAUACCUGCUGUCUUCACCACCACCUGUCCUGUACAUGGACAAUACGUCAUCUACUACAACGAGAGACGACCAGGAGUUACCUACCCUAGAGGGUACUCUACAGAUGUUGUCAGUAACCUCUGUGAAGUGGAAGUGUAUGGAUGUCCUGGAGGGUUUUACGGGCCUUACUGUUCUAACGCCUGUCCAGAUACCAAUUGUUACUGUCACUUAGAGACGGGCACCUGUCAGGGCUGCAUACCUGGGUAUCAAGGUUACCUGUGUAAAUCAGCUUGUGAUCGAGGAUAUUAUGGUGCUGAGUGUCAACAAGAAUGUAGACACUGCCGUGACUUUACUCAGUGCUUCCACACCAACGGAUCAUGCUUAACUGGGUGUGAAGCUGGUUAUCAUGGACAAAAAUGUGAAGCACCUUGCCCAUAUGGAUUGUUUGGACCGGAUUGUCGAGAAAAAUGUAACGGCACAUGUAAUGGUUGUAACAGAUUCAAUGGUUCCUGUGAUUCUGGGUGUAACCCCGGAUGGCAGGGAUACGAAUGUCAAGAUGGUAAUGAGGAAUUUUCAAACACAUAG